AUGGCGCCCCGCAAAGAGAAGACUGAGAAAGUCAGCGGGAAUGAGGCGGCUGAUACCAUUCUCACCUACCUACGCAAGCAAAACCGUCCCUACUCCGCCACCGAUGUCUCGGCCAACCUCCAUAACCGCGUCUCGAAAGCCGCCGCUGCGAAGCUUCUAAAAGAACUCCACGAACGCAAAGAGAUCGAAGGCCGUGCGUCUGGCAAGCAAAUCGUGUACCAUGCAAUCCAGAACUCAGCCGAUUCCGCCGGCCCAGAAGAGCUCGCCGCCAUGGAUGCUUCAAUCCAAGCACUCAAAGACGAGACCACUGCCGCAGCCGGAGAAGCCAAGUCCCUGCGGGCUAAGCUCACAACACUCAAUGCUACCAUGUCAACGGUUGACCUACGCAGCACUGUCAUCGGCCUCGAAGCCGAAACGCAGGAACUCCGUGCGAGGCUGGAUUCCUUGCGAGGUGGCAGCGUGCGUCCUGUCACAGGCGAAGAGAAGGCUGGCAUCGACAAGGAGCUGGCGCGCUGGAAGAAGGCCGAGGCUGCGAGAGGAAAGAUUGCGAAGGAACUAUGGGCAUACAUUUUAGAUGUGCUGCCUGAGGAUGUGCAGGCUGCAGAGUUGAGAGAGAGCUUGGGACUUGAUGGUUAA